AUGUCAAGUGAAGUGACAAGAGCUGAAAACGAAUAUUCUAAAAAGACUCAUAUACAUUCUAUAUCUGAAAUAACAGACUUACAAGAAACCUUAAACAGGAAAAGUGCCGUUGGACAUACACAUACCAUUGCAAAUAUUACAAACUUACAAGAAACCUUAAACAGUAAAAGUGACGUUGGACAUACACAUACCAUUGCAAAUAUUACAAACUUACAAGAAACCUUAAACAGUAAAAGUGACGUUGGACAUACACAUACAUCUUCUGAAAUAACAGACUUAAACGUUAGCCUUGAAAAGAAAGCAGAUAAAACAUAUGUCAAUGAAAUAUACCAAAGUUUGAUAGGAACAACAAAAAAUAUUGAAACUAUUGUUGGUGACUUUUCUUUCAAUGAAGAAAACAAAUAUUUUAGAUGGGAGUUUGUACACUCCUUAAAAAAUGGUAUACGGUAUAAACUCAUUCCGAAAAAUAACAAUGAAAUGUAUGUAGGCUAUAUAAAGAAUGAUGGUACACAAGUUAAAGUUCCAUUAGACAACAACUGUUACUUAAACUUAUAUGGAGACGAACAAAAGAAAUAUUUAAGAGUUUAUGAAAUGGCAGGUAUGACGUUGGCUGACCCAGCUCCAGCACCAUAUUAUUAUGACUAUGGUGUUGACGCACAUGUAGACCCAAAAAAGCAAACAUUAUAUUUAGAAUAUUAUAGAUAUAAAAGAUAUAAUGCAAUAGAAAAAACGAGAAUAGUAUAUUAUUAUACAGAUGACAAAAAUAAAUAUUAUAGUCAAGAUUUUACCUACCCUGAAAACAUAAGAUUAUAUUAUAAAAAAUAUUCUGACACAAACCAGAAGAAACCUGAAAUAGUUGCACUAUAUUUUAAGUUCAAAAGAGACAAUCCUAUAUUAUCUCAUAUGUUUGAUUUAAUGAACCCAGUAGGUUCUAUUUAUACAUCUAUGGAAGCAAGAGGUCCUCAAGUAAUGUUUGGUGUUGGUGCAUGGGAACAAAUAGUCGACAGGUUUUUGUAUUGUGCAAACUCUUCAAAGGAAACAGGAGGAAGUAAAACGAUUUCAGGUGAAAAUUUACCUGCACACAGUCACUACAUAGAUUUAAGUACAUCUCAAGCAGGUUGGCAUAAGCAUAAAUUUUGGGAUUGGUCAGCAAUGAAAAAAGGUAAAGGAUAUGAUGUUAAAGACGACGUUCAGUUUGCUAUAAAUUGUUUCUGGGGUGACACUCAGGGAGAUGGAAACCAUACACAUCGCGUUACAGGAUAUACGCAAACAACGGGACAAAGUAAAGAAUACAUGCCACCUUACAUGACAGUUUACGCAUGGUAUAGAAUUGCUUAG